AUGAAAGAGUUAAGAGAGGGUGAUGGUAUUUAUAGCGUCGUUGAAGUACGUGUGGGGUCCACAAAACGUGGACAGCUGUGUGGUGAGGGACGCGUCUGGCGUGAAAUGAAUGGCGGUGAGUUGGUGAGAAAGAUGGUUGGCUACGACUGUUUGCUUUUUGCGCGUUUUGGUUCGCCGAAAUCGUUGCUUCUUCUUACUUUUGAAGCUUUCACGUUGAACCAGUUAUCGUGA